AUGCGUAAACUUUAUAUUCUCCACUUUAACGAUGUCUACCAUUUAUCAGCGGGAAAACAGGAGCCAGUUGGUGGGGCAGCUCGUUUCGCUACCGCAGUUUAUAACUUUCGAGAACAAUAUGACGUGGACAAGAGUUGUGUACUAUUUAGUGGGGAUAUGUUUAAUCCAUCAAUUGAAAGUAGUAUUAGUAAAGGUGAACAUAUGAUCCCUGCGAUAAAUGAAUUCAAAAUUGAUGUCGCUUGUUUUGGAAAUCAUGAUUUUGAUUUUGGCUUACCGAAUCUUUCGAGCCUCAUCAAAAAAACUAAUUUUCCAUGGCUUUUGUCAAAUGUUGUUGAUGAGAAGACUGGCGAAUCACCAGUUAAUGGCGGGAAAAAAUGGCAUAUUUUGGAGAAAAAUAGAUUAAAGAUUGCGUUUCUUGGAUUGGUAGAAAAAGAAUGGCUCGAAACAAUUCCCAGUCUUCCUCCAACGUUAAAGUAUUUGGAUUUCGUGGAGGUUGGUAAAGAGCUUGCUGCAAAGCUUCGUGAUCCAGCAGGACCUUAUGCUGUAGAUCUUGUUAUUGCCCUUUCUCAUUCGCGUCUACCAAAUGACAUCAUAUUAGCGAAAAAAUGCCAAGACGAGAUUGAUUUAGUACUCGGAGGUCAUGACCAUUUUUAUUAUGUGGGAAAAGGAUGUGAGGUAUUAAGUGGCUGGACACGUCAUGAUCUAGAUGGAAGUCAAGAGGAUGAUGGGGUUCGAGUGGUCAAAAGUGGUACAGAUUUUCGAGAAUUGAGCAUUUUGGAGAUUGAUGUCGAAGAGUUGGAUAACGAAGAUGGUGGCACGAUUAAAAUCAUGAAAAAUAUUUUAGUUACCCGUCGUGAGAUUACCUCUGCUAUAAGCGAACAUCCUCGAAUUGCAGAAUUAAUAAGUCAAGCAACUUCAUCAAUCACUGAAAAAAUGUCAAAACCCAUUGCCUAUACCAACACGCCUUGGGAUUGUAGAUCAACUACAGUUCGCACUCAAGAAUCGGGAUUUGGAAACUUUGUUGCUGAUCUGAUGCUGUAUGCAUAUGCACCUUGUGUUAGUUCUAAUAUCGAUUGCUCUCUUAUGUGUGGUGGUGCAAUUCGAUCUGAUAGAGUAUACCCACCUGGUGAAAUUACCUUGGGAGAUAUUUUGGAAAUCUUUCCAUUUGAAGACACCCUUGUUGUUGUACAGAUCACUGGACAGCAACUAUGGGAUGCGCUUGAAAAUGGAUUUUCAAUGGUUCCAAAACAAGAAGGACGAUUUCCGAUUUUCAGCGGUCUCAAAGUUGAAUAUAAUCCAAAAUCAGAACCUGGAAAACGACUAAGAAAAGUCUGGUUGACAGAACGGCAUCCUUCAACACCAACGCCAUUAGACACUUUAGAAAUUUUGCCAACCGAUGAAGAUGAAGAUGAAGAUGAAUCCGAUAAUAUUCCACCUACUCCACUUAAUAUAAUUGGUGAACUUGAAAUGGACAAAAUUUAUACAGUUUGUACACGUGCUUAUAUGGCCCAAGGCUAUGAUGGAUAUCAUUCGCUAGCAUUAUCUAACACAAAAUAUCUCGUCGAUGACGAAAACGGGAUUAUCCAAUCAACGCUACUUCGACGAUAUUUUAUCGGUCUUUAUUAUGUUAAUGCGAUGCGAUUCAAUAAAUCCUGCGAAGAAAGAACACGUGAAGCAGUCCUUAAAGCUGUUGCUACCUGGAAAAAAUUUAUUGAAAAGAAAACCGCCAAUUUUCAACAUGGUCAUCAUCGUCACCUGUCAAAACGCAGCAUUUCUGAUGCACUACAAUUGUCAAUGGGUGAAAAGAUAACAUUGACUCCUGAGUCGGUGGGUGAAGAAGCUAAAAAAGAACCAAAGAAGAUUACUUUGGAUUUUAUGAAGGACUGGGUUACUGUGGCACCAGUUAUUGAGGGACGUAUUUUGGAAGUGGACUAUUGA